AUGACGGCAACCGAAUCCGUGAAGAGGACGUCCGGCAAGGAGGACAAGGCGCCCUCCAAGCCCGAAAGCGAGUCCAAGGCCAACCAACAGCAUGCGCCUGCCGCGGACAACGCUCACAGGACUCCCAAGAAGCGGCGCAAGGUAAAUCAUGCUUGUCUCUACUGUCGUCGAUCUGAGAGGCCGUGCACGAGAUGCAUCAAACGUAAUAUUGGUCACCUAUGCCAUGACGAGCCCCGCGAUCACGAUUCGAAGAAAUCCAAAAACCUCGCCCCGUCCACCGCUCAGGAAUCUGGGUCGCAACAAUCCGACCUAGGGCAAAGCGCUCUCAACCAGAAUGCCGGCGCCAUGAGACCGCCUUCGUUCGAUUCAGCCAUGGGCAACGGACCAGGGCAGGCGAACAAGGCCGGCAGCUUCGAUGCCGCGGCAUUAGCAAGCCGGAGUGGUAACCCCCUCCAGCUCGUGCAACCUACACCGGUGUCCGGCAUGGCGGCCAAUUCCCUGGGCGGCAUGGGUCAAUUUCCCAGUCUCUCUGAUGCCUGGCUUGCUUCGCAAAACCCUUAUCACGACAUGCACAACUUCCACUCGAAUUAUGUGAUCUCGCCCGAGGUGACGAAUGAGUUCAACCUCUUGAAUGAUUUUCUGCAGACCAGUCUGCUUGAUGACACGGCGAUCCUGGCCGAUGACCAAAACCAAGCCGACACCGCCUCGGGGUUUCCCAGUAGCAGCAACACCAUGCUCGCACCGAGCGCGGCCCAGGGAUCCUCCGCGUCCGCGCCGAAUGCCGAGCAGGGAAAGGCCAUCUCCCGACCUGCCAGUGUUCUACCAGCGGAUAAGACGCGGGCAUACUACCUUCAGGCGGCAGACCCAUCGGGCAAUGCGCCAGAAGAGCGCAUGCGCCAGGUUCUGCAGGCCAAAUACGAGGCUGGCCUGUUAAAGCCGUUCAACUACAUAAAGGGGUAUACCCGACUUCAAAAUUAUCUAGCUAGCCACGUGUCUGCCUCUUCAAAACAGAAGAUUCUCAGACAGCUCGACCGCUUCCGGCCUAAAUUCCGAGAAAAGAUCAAGGACCUUACCGACAUGGACCUGGUUCUAGUCGAGAUGUGGUUUGAGAGGACGCUGAUGGACUACGACCGCGUGUUUGCGAGCAUGGCCGUCCCGGCGUGCUGCUGGAGGCGUACGGGCGAGAUCUUCAGAGGGAACAAAGAGAUGGCCGAGCUUAUCAAGGUGCCAGUCGAGGAUUUGCGAGGCGGAAAAAUUGCCCUCCACGAGAUCUUAACCGAGGAGUCGAACGUCAGGUACUGGGAGGAGUUUGGGACGAUCGCAUUCGACCCUGCCCACGACACGCUCCUCACAGCCUGCUCGCUUAAAAGUCCUCAAGGGGGGAAGCCCGUCAACUGCUGUUUCUCGUUUAGAAUUCGCAGGGAUGAGCACAAGAUACACUCCUCUCAAUCAGCAACUAAAUCGCAGAAAAUCGAAGCAGCAGUCGAGUUCGCGGUCCGCCUCCGCAAGAUCCUCCUCUCCGCCACGACGACCCCGGACGAACACGAUGCGAUCCUCCUCGCUGACGCUCCGUCCCUCAUCCAGGACGCCGGGGAGCACGUCAGCCAGCUGCACGUGUGUCAGCAGACGUACGUGCCGGGCGUGAGCGGCGAUCCGGAGAUCGACGAGUUGGCGACGGGCCUGUGGAAUGUUUGCACCCGCCUGGGGCGGGCGCUGAAGGAUGAUCUGGGGGAUAAGGAGGACGAAAGUGCAGAAGAGGGGGGAGGUGGUGGUGUUGUGGAGGGUCGGGACGGUCAGGGAAAUGCAGAGGGUAUCAGGAGGCUCGGGAGGUUGUACCUCUACGGGCGGGUACUCGCGUUUCAUCUGCUAGGAAUAGCGAGGCCGAGGGAGAAGGGGCGAGCUGGGGUCAUUGUGAGGCUGAUGAAGCUUGGGUUGAAGGUUGUGCGGGAUUGUCUCAAGAUUGCUGGGCAAGUGGUGCAGACGACCGCGGACUAUAAGGAAUGGCUGCAGGACAUGUCGAAAAACCUUCCGGAUGAUGAGGCUCGGGAGUGCCAGUGUUUAGAGGUGGAAUACUUCAUCAUGAGAACAGCAAUGUGCUGGGUCGAGAAUCGGCUUGACGUCGCCGAGCACAUGUACAGCAAAGCCGAACGUUUUCGCCCAUUUCUCACCCCCGCCUACGCGGAGCGGCUUGCCGACGUACUCUACGAGAUUGGGAAGUCACUCUCUGAUAGGAGUGAUUUCACGAUUGCGGUCAAGUGGUUUGAGAGGGCAAGCGAUGUGAUCAAUAGUCAAGAACUCGAACAUCUCUCUCGCGAAGGCCUUGAGCUGCGGCUUGCGAUCCUCCAAGCGCUGGUAACCGCUCUUUUAGGCUCCAAUACAACGGAUGGAUUCGAGAAAGCCGAAAACUAUGUCAAUCUAAUCGAGGCUGAGGCAGGCAAUAAUUUUGUUGUCUCUCUGCUCAAGCUCGAGCUGCUUCGAAAAUCGCCCUCCGAGGUCUUCGAUAGCGAGGCGUACGGCGAUGUCUUGCGUCACAUCAUACGGAAUUUUGCCUUUUCGGAGUCGGCGUUCAAACUGAUCAUGCAUCACAUCCGCAAGCUACAUGACAAGAGCCCAGGAUCCGGAUGUGCCUUGUUAGAUGACUUUAUCAUGACAUUGGGCAACGCGGAGAAAGACGAAUGGAUGGAGAAAGCGGUGGUGACACGCAUGUGGAUGAUCACAAACCAGCGGGACUCCGUAGAGACGAUAAACGCCGUACAAAACGUGCUAGGGUGUUUGGGGAAGCCGUUAGGCCCGGAAGCAGCCUUGCUUUGGAAGAAGUUAGAAUCGAACUACAGCCAAGGGAACUAUGACAUGGCUGAGAACUGGUGUCAUCUUUCUCUUCAUGAUUCGUUUCGGAACUGCGGAGCUGCAAACAGGUCGAAACUGGAAAGCUUAGAUGCAGCGGCAUCUAUAAUUCACGGAAUGUCACCGCAGAGCCGGAAAGAACCCAUGACAGCCUACCUUUCCUUCAAGGUCGCGGUCCGCAUCGAAGACCGAGCCCUUGCCGAGGAUUGUCUCGAAACAGUAACUCAAGCGCCAGAUCACGUUGACUAUCUUGGAGCCUGCAUAGCAGAGUCCCAAAAGGCUGGUGACAUUGUCUGCGCCAUUGCAGCUUUGAAAAAGCUCCAAGAAAAAUACGAGUACACGGAGCCGAACCCCAUACAUCUUCCGGCUUUGUUCCGUUGUACCAUCCGUUUGUUGAACUUGCUGGCCGAAAGACCGGGAGUGGACAUAGAUAGCAUUGUGAGCGAUCUUUGCGAAAGCUUUGAAUCUGUUUUGUACUCGACAAUGCGUAAGAUAGUAAACGAAAUCUGGGCUCUCGAGCGGUUUGACGCAGUUAAACUGGCAAAGUACACACGGUGCCUGUUCCAAGCAACCCUGCCGCUAGACGACGGCCUCGCCAUGAAUCUGCUGGACGAGGCUUGCAGCAAGGCGAAGGAGUUGCGUGAGAGCAAGGCCAGCUGGCCCGAAGAAGAGCUGGAAUGGAUGGCGACUACCUCCUUCAACCACGCCAUUGACUGCUACAGCGCUCAUCAGGCCGAGCGUGCCAAGGAGUGGGCUACCAAGGCAAUCAACCUGGCUCAUUACUGCAACGAUGGGAGGCUGGAAGAGAUUCUGCAAAACAAGUAUCUGCGGUUGAACUUGGACGGGGACUCGCGGUGA